AUGGCCGUGCCGUCGGAUGUCGUCGGCCAGGCUCUGGUCGGCUUCUCUCUCAAUGGCCUCUUCCCAGAAGACGAUGUCUCCUCCAUUGCGCUCACGCCGGAGAGGCUUCCAGCAGCGAUCCAGGUCCUGACCGAGGCCAAGGCCAAACUCGAGGGCGAAAUUCACGAAAUCGUCCAAGAGACUGCCGACGACCUCCGUUCCUGGGUCACCAAUGCCAAGGCGCUCCAGGUCGACAUUGCACGCCGCAAACUACUCGCAGGCGACAUUCUCAUUCGCGCCGAUGCGCCCAAGACAGACGAGCAAGCCAUUGAGGAGGCCGAGGCCAGGGCGCUCUUCCUGACCAACGAACUCAACUACAAUCUGCAGGUCCGAUAUUUGCUUGAGGCCAUCCGCAGCGUGAACCAGCUGCUGGACCAGGUUGAGCAGGCGGCCGAAGAGCGCCGCAUCCUGGAUGCGCUACACCUGUUGGAGAAAUCAUGGACUGCGCUGGACGCCAUGCCUGUUAGCAAGACGUGUCGCGCCAUGCGGCUACUGGAUCUGCGGGCCUUUGAGCUCAAGUCGGACGUCCACAAGGUGUUCGACCACGUCUGGGGCGCCUUGGUGCACGUCGAUGCGGAGAACGGCACGCUGACCGUUCUCGAAACGCGACAAGACGAACCUAUGAGCCUCUCGAACGCGGUCAUCGGACUGAUGGCUUACAAGGAGGUCGACGGCCGCAUGACGCAGCUCUGGCACGAGCUGGACAAGGCUGUUGUUGCGCCACGAACCGACCUGUCGACGUCUUCACGGCCAGGUAUCUAUGUUGAUGACGUUGCACUGGGAAUUCGAGGACAGGCAGGCGAGGGUAUCGAGGCGUUAUUUACGGACUUGGAUCAGAUAUUCGCCUUCCUCGCACUCAGGCUGCCGUCUGACCUGGUUCAGUCCAUCUCCUCGGUGAUGAUGCCAGAGUUGGUGUCGCGCAUCGUGGAUGUCUGGCUGGCGUCUGCAGUACCGACAUCACUCGACAAGAUGGCUGCUUUUGAGGACACGAUCCGAGCGGCUGAGGCGUUUUGCUCGCGUCUUGCGAAGCUUCAGUACUCCGGCUUUGGAAGGCUUCAGGAAUGGAUCGAGAACGCGCCCCGUGUUUGGCUGUCAAAACGAAGAGAGACCGCUCUGGACUCGGUGCGCAAAAAGAUUGCCGGGGGGCUCGGCACACCUCACGAGGUGGAGAGGGUGGAGAAGCAGAUGGUGUCGCGAUCGGAAGGUAAGGAGCUGGCAGCAAACGGGCCCUCUACGGCGACAGACCAAGCGGCCGACUGGGACGCGGCAUGGACGGACGACGAAGAAGAAACACAGGAUUCAGAGCCGAAGACGCAGGCAGGCAGCUCCGCGGACGACGGGGCCGAUGCAUGGGGUGCCUGGGGUGAUGACGAUGAGGCUGUCGAGGCUCCCGAAGCCGACGCAGCUCCCGAGUUAGAGACAGAGACACACGAUGAUGAAGACGAUGCAGCCGAUGCGUGGGGCUGGGGUGAGGAGGACACCAAUGUGGAGGAAACGGAGGUGCAGCAGCAGCCAGCAGUGGCCGAACAGAUGUCGGCAGCGACAACGGCAGCGACAGAACCGACAACACGGGAAUUGAUCAUGAAGGAAAAGUAUCACAUAACAGCCAUGCCGGAACCAGUGCUGGCCAUGAUCACAUCGAUCCUAGAGGACGGGGCUGUGCUGCUGUCCGAAGGUCCUGUUGCAACGGCUGCAGCCGGUCUCUUCAGCCUUCCGACCAUGGCGCUGGCCAUGUUCCGAGCCGUCUCGCCCUUCUACUAUGCCCUGGACGUGGGUGGAAGCAUGUACCUAUACAACGACGCGAUGUAUCUGGCGGAGAAGCUGGGCGAGCUGGCGACGGCGUGGAAGAUGCGGCCGGACCUGGACGGACGAGCGCAGGCGAUGCUGCGGCUGGACGGCGAGGUGGCCAAGCUGCAGGCGUUUGCGAGCCGGGCGUACGGGCGGGAGCUUGCGAUCCAGAAGACAGUGCUGCGGGAUCUGCUGGGCGGCGAUCAGAACGCUGUGGCUGCUCUCGUCGAGGCCGUGGCGGCCAAGCUGAUCGCGGACGUGCUGGACAUGACGGCCAUCAGCCAGGACGAGGCCUUUAGCCUGGCCAGCCUGAUGGCCCGGGUGACCGAGUUGGACGACCUCUUUGGGGGCGAGCCCACAUCCACCCCCCUCACGGCUCAAUACGUCCCGUCGUGGCUUCGGAUGCAGUACCUGUCCGAGGUCCUGCAGUCAAACCUGCCCGAGGUCCGCUACCUCUGGAUGGACAGCGAGCUCAGCCUGUACUUCUCGGCCGACGAGGUCGUCGACCUGGUCCGGCUCAGCUUCGAGGACAACGCCAAGGCGCGCGAGGUGGUGCGCGAGAUUGCGCAGAACCCGCAUCCGGUGGAGGUGUAG